AUGUCCGCCAUCAACGACCCUGCCGCUGCCGCCGCCUCGGGACCCUCAGAGCCCGUCCAGGAAGUCCAGGUCGACGUGACCAAGCUUACGGCUCUAUCUCCCGAAGUCAUCUCGAAACAGGCCACCAUCAACAUCGGUACCAUCGGUCAUGUAGCUCACGGUAAAUCUUCAACCGUUCGCGCCAUCUCUGGUGUCCAGACCGUCCGAUUCAAGAACGAGCUCGAACGAAACAUUACCAUCAAGCUUGGUUACGCCAACGCCAAAGCAGGUUUAUCAAUCUACAGGUGCCAGAACCCGCAAUGCCCCCCUCCCAGCUGUUUCCGAUCCUAUCCCUCGAGCAAAGAAGCGCACCCUAAAUGUGAAAGAGCUGGGUGUGAGGGACGAAUGGAGCUGCAGAGACAUGUUUCAUUUGUCGACUGCCCGGGACACGACAUUUUGAUGGCUACUAUGCUGACAGGUGCCGCCGUCAUGAACGGUGCUCUGCUUCUUAUCGCUGGUAACGAGUCUUGUCCUCAACCGCAAACCGGUGAACACCUUGCUGCGUUGGAAAUCAUUGGUGUGGACCCCAAGAACAUUGUGAUUCUACAGAACAAGAUGGAUUUGGUUCGGGAGAGCGAGGCUAUGGAGCACUGCGAGAGCAUCAAGAAGUUUGUCGAAGGCACCACUGCCCGACUUGCCCCCAUCAUCCCCGUCUCCGCCCAACUGAAAUUCAACAUCGACGCCGUUGUGGCCGCCAUCUGCAACAUUGCGCCCCCCAACUACGACUUCAGUGCCGACCCUCGCAUGGUUGUCAUCCGUUCAUUCGAUGUCAACAAGCCUGGUGCCGGUGUCGACGAGUUGAAAGGUGGUGUUGCCGGUGGUUCCAUCUUGCAGGGUGUCUUCAAGGUCGGACAGGAGGUCGAAAUCCGACCCGGUCUCAUCACGCGAGACGCAAAUGGUGUUUGCACCUGCCGCCCACUGCGAUCUCGUGUAGUCUCCCUCCACGCUGAGCAAAACCACUUGCAGUUUGCCGUCCCUGGUGGUUUGAUCGGUGUCGGAACUCUGGUUGACCCCGCGCUUUGCCGUGCCGACAGGUUGCUUGGUAUGGUCAUGUCUUCUGUGGGCAAGGGUCCCUCAAUCUACGUUGAAAUCCGCGCUGAAGUCUUCUUGCUCCGUCGAUUGCUCGGUGUCAAGACCGACGACAGUAAAAAGGCCAAGGUCGGGAAACUCAUCGUGGGCGAAACGCUGUUUGUCAACAUCGGUGCCAGCCAAACUGGUGGACGAAUCACUGCUGUCAAGGGUGGUGACGUCUCCAUUGCUUUGACAACGCCAGCCUGUUGUGAGAAGGGUGAGAAGAUUGCUUUGAGUAGGAGAAUCGACAAGCACUGGAGAUUGAUCGGUUGGGGUAAGGUCAGGAGUGGCGGCACUUUGUGUGAGGUCGUCGACCAGGAGUAG